GAGGACGAGUUGUGCGCGAGUGUUGGGUGAAAAAAGAAAAAAUAUAUCAAAGAAAAGUAAAGCCCAAAAACCGCCAGAACCGUACAGAGCGCGGCAUUUCGACAGCAUUUUUUUUUCCGAUUCGCACAAUCGAAUGCGCAGCAGGCAUACAUAUCCACAACACGAUUUGACCAAAUGUGGUAAAAAUAGCAAGAGCAGCAGCCGCCGCCGCCGUCGCCGCUUCAUCGACGUCGCCGUCGUUGUUGUUUUUGUCGACGCCGACUCAAAAAAAAAAACCCACACAACAGCAGCAGCAAUAAAAGUAUCCAAUAGCGGCCCCAACUAAAAGUGGAGCAAAUAAUUUCAGUUACCAGGCGAAACGUGCAGCGCAAAACGCGUGAAGAGUUAAAGAAGUGCAAGUGCAGGCCGCCAAAGACGCAGACGCACAUACACCCGCCGACUUAUACAUAUACAUACACACAGACACACACACAUACAUACACGUAUUAAAACUACAGAGCGCAGCGCCGCAAUGUCACGACCACGUCCGCGCCUCACACCCAUUGGCAUUUCGCGUGAGCCGGAACCGGCAUUCGUGCCGCCGCGCAAUCUGGACUCGCGGGCAACCAUACAAAUUGGAGAUCAAACAUUUGACAUUGAUGCCGAUAGCCUGGAGAAGAUCUGCGAUUUGGGCCGCGGCGCCUAUGGCAUUGUUGAGAAGAUGCGGCAUCGCCAGACGGGCACAGUGCUCGCCGUCAAGCGCAUCCCAAUGACUGUUAACUUCCGGGAACAGCAGCGCCUGAUUAUGGAUCUGGACAUAUCGAUGCGAUCCAGCGAUUGCCCAUAUACGGUCCACUUCUAUGGCGCCAUGUACCGCGAGGGCGACGUCUGGAUAUGCAUGGAGGUGAUGAACACCAGUCUGGACAAAUUCUAUCCGAAAGUGUUUAAAAAUCAGCUAACCAUGGAGGAGACGGUGCUCGGCAAGAUUGCGAUGAGCGUGGUCAGCGCGUUGCAUUACCUGCACGCCCAGCUAAAGGUCAUACAUCGUGAUGUAAAGCCAUCAAAUAUACUGAUCAAUCGCAGCGGUCAGGUAAAAAUAUGCGAUUUUGGCAUCUCAGGCUAUCUAGUUGAUUCCGUGGCCAAGACUAUAGAUGCCGGCUGCAAGCCCUAUAUGGCGCCGGAACGCAUCGAUCCGCAAGGUAAUCCAGCCCAAUAUGAUAUACGCUCCGAUGUCUGGUCGCUGGGCAUUAGCAUGAUUGAAAUGGCCACCGGCCAGUAUCCCUACAAUAAAUGGCGGACGCCCUUCGAGCAGCUGCGUCAGGUGGUUGAGGACGAUCCGCCAAGGCUGCCGGCGGGCUCAUUCUCCGCCGAGUUCGAGGACUUUAUAGCGACAUGCUUGAAGAAGGAGUACACGGCGCGACCCAACUACGAGCAGCUGCUGCGGCACGGAUUCAUUGUGGAGCAUUUACAGCGCAAUACGGACAUUUCGGAGUUUGUGGCCAGGAUAUUGGAUCUGCCCGAUGAGCAGCCAUCGCAGUAGGAGCCAAAUCGAUUAUCAACGUGUUGUGUACUCAAAUGUGUACGGAUUCAAAAUGUAAAUUGCCGCCGUCUUCUACAUGCAUUUCUGUAUGUGUGUGUGUGUGCAUGUGCAUGUGUGUUUGUGUGUGUGUGCGUGCGUGUCUGUCUGUCUGUGUGUGUCUCUCUCUUUCUUCCACUGUGCAUGUGUGUGUGUGUAUGUAUGUAUGUGGAGCAAGAGAAUUGCAAAAGAAACAAAUUGUUAGGUUAAGUACGAAAUCAAAUCAAUCAUGCAUACAUACAUACAAUCUACUAUAUUAUAUAUAUAUAUAUAUUGCAUAUAUGUAUGUAUAUAUAUAUAUAUAUACUACGUGCCGUUUUACACAUAAACUGCAAGGUAAUUUCUCGCAUUUGCAGCGCUCAAGUGAUCGAAACGUGAAAAUGAAAUGAAAGAAAACAAAAUGCGAUUCACAAUAGGCAAAAAUCUAUAAAAACAAAAACCAAACUGUGCCUCAGCCUUGGCAGCCCAGCUAGUUGCUGUCAAACUGUACUAUGUUCAACUUCUAGAAAAAACCACAAAAAUCUACUUAAAAGAAUCAAGCUAAAUGCCGUUUAACUGCAGCGUGCCACGUGCAACAUGCCACCAAAAAACAAAAACAAAAACAAAUAAAAAAAAAACUAAUUAAAAACGCAUCAGAAAUCGCCAAGCAAAUUAUGUAAAUUGUUAACAAAUAUACGUGAAAUAGCUAA